AUGAACAUUCCCAGGAAAGAUGGCAUGGACAGAGAAGAUGAAGAAGAGAUGGAUAUCUACGCUAAUGUGGAUCCUAUAAACGGCUCUGAUGUCAGGACAGAAGCGGAGAACUCCCAAACACCUCAACACACAGGAAGUGAUAGUGUGAGGAACCGAAGCUCCAGAGCAGCUCUCGUGUGUUUGGUUCUGCUGUGUUUGGUUCUGCGGACUGCGGUCAUAGUGCUGUGUGUCCACAUCAAGACAAAGAGCACUAACUACCCUGAAGAGACACACCAGCUACUAACCAGGAACACCAACCUCACAGAAGAGAGGGAUGAGCUACUUACCAGGAACAUGCAAUUGAUAAAAGAGAGAGAUGGAUUAUCAUCAAGUAACCUUGACCUGAUUAAACACAGAGACCAGUUAAAUAAGGAGAAAAAUGACCUGUCAAAAAGUCUUCGUGAAAAGGAUGGAUGGAUUUACUAUAAAUCCAGUCUUUACUUCCUUUCCACUGAGAAGAAGAGCUGGACUGAGAGCAGAAGAUACUGUACAGAGAGAGGAGCCGAUCUGAUCAUCAUAAACAACAGAGAAGAACUAGGUUUUGUUAAGAAAAUAUCUGCUAAUGUUAAAGUCUGGAUUGGUGUGACUGACGGUGAUGUGGAGAACACAUGGAAAUGGGUUGAUGGAAGCACACUGAACUCUGGGUUCUGGGUGUCUGGAGAGCCAAAUAGUUUCAAAGGAAUUGAUGAAGAUUGUGCUCUAAAUAAUGGGCCAGGAUUUGCUGAUUAUCCAUGUAAUGAUGCUUUUCAGUGGAUCUGUGAGGACGUCAUUUUAAAAUAAGUCAAUUCAUGAACUGCAGGUUUAGGUAAAAAAUACAUAAAGGUGUU